UCUGAUGCAGCAGCACAAGCCUAUGACAGCAGCAAGCAGGCAAGUCGCACACUGCUCUCCCAGUCUCACGGCUGCUUUUUACCGCAGUGGGCGAUCGCCUGGAAGCCAAGCGAGCAUCCCCCAGCAGGAAGGGAGGAGGACGGUGCCCAGUGAGCGAUCGGAGCAGCCCGGCGGGUCCCUAUUGCUUGCGCAGCGGUGCCCCCCCCGUAUCAGGAUGGUGCGCUCCGGGGCUGGCUGCGCUCCCUUCCCGCGUUAGGCAGCAGCACUAUGGAUGGCGCUCUUGUAACGACCUCUGCUCAUUUCAUCAGUCCGCUGGGGACAGGCAUGCUGAGUGCCGCUGCUGUCAAUGGGCGAGGACGUGGACACGCGAAAAAUUAACCACAGCUUUCUCCGGGAUCACAACUAUGUGACUGAAGGGGAGGAAAGACAGCUGCCCAGCUGCCCAGACUGUGGAAAGUUUCCUGAGUGAGGGCAUGUGCUUCCUACAUUGUGGACUUCCAUGAGAGACCAUCACCCCAGGCUCCCUUUGUGCUUCUCAAGGCUGAAAUAUGAGCUGUGGCUGCCUUGACAUCAUAACAACAAGCAAUGCUGAUAUAAUUUCUACAGUUGAAUUUAACCACACUGGAGAUCUGCUGGCAACUGGGGACAAAGGAGGCCGUGUUGUUAUAUUCCAAAGGGAACCUGAGACUAAGAAUGAACCUUACAGUCAGGGCGAAUACAAUGUUUACAGCACUUUCCAGAGCCAUGAGCCUGAAUUUGAUUAUUUGAAGAGCCUGGAGAUAGAGGAAAAAAUUAACAAGAUUAAAUGGCUCCCCCAGCAAAAUGCAGCCCACUCCCUUCUGUCGACAAAUGAUAAAACAAUUAAGCUAUGGAAGAUUAGUGAGCGGGAUAAGAGACCCGAGGGGUAUAAUCUGAAAGAUGAAGAAGGAAGGUUGAAAGAUCUUUGUACAGUAACAUCAUUACAGGUGCCUGUCUUAAAGCCUAUGGACUUAAUGGUAGAAGUUAGCCCAAGAAGAAUAUUUUCUAAUGGACACACAUACCAUGUCAACUCCAUUUCUGUCAACAGCGACUGUGAAACCUACAUGUCAGCCGAUGAUCUCAGGAUUAACCUUUGGCACCUAGCAAUCACAGAUAGGAGCUUCAACAUUGUUGAUAUCAAGCCUGCAAAUAUGGAGGACCUGACAGAAGUCAUUACAGCAGCUGAGUUUCAUCCCCAUCAUUGCAACCUGUUUGUGUACAGCAGCAGCAAGGGAUCAUUGCGACUGUGCGACAUGAGAGCCUCGGCGCUCUGCGACAAGCACUGCAAACUUUAUGAAGAACCAGAAGACCCAAGCAACAGAUCAUUUUUUUCAGAGAUCAUCUCCUCAGUCUCAGAUGUCAAGUUCAGCCACAGUGGACGCUACAUGCUCACGCGGGAUUACCUCACUGUCAAAGUAUGGGAUCUAAACAUGGAAACCAAGCCCCUGGAAACGUACCAGGUCCACGAUUAUCUUCGAAGCAAGUUAUGUUCCCUGUAUGAGAAUGACUGUAUUUUCGACAAGUUUGAAUGCGCAUGGAAUGGUUCGGACAGCGUCAUCAUGACAGGGGCGUACAACAACUUCUUCCGCAUGUUUGACCGAAACACAAAAAGAGAUGUAACCCUGGAAGCCUCGCGGGAAAGCAGCAAGCCCCGGGCCAUCCUCAAGCCCCGCAGGGUAUGUGUCGGGGGCAAGAGGCGGAAGGAUGACAUUAGCGUGGACAGCUUAGACUUUACCAAGAAGAUCUUGCACACAGCCUGGCACCCCACUGAGAAUAUCAUUGCCAUCGCAGCGACAAACAAUCUGUAUAUAUUUCAGGAUAAAGUGAACUCAGAGAUGCAAUAGGAUUAAUCUUUAUUUAAUGCCAAGCUAGCCUUUCCGGGGGGUCUUAUCUUUGUUGAUGACUCUGUAGGAAAGUCUUCUUGGUGGUGGGAUUGAAUGUUCUACCAUAACUUCUUGCAUUACCUCCCUAAGCAGAGGUUCUUGAUUCCUCCUUGGCUGGAGAUAUAUUCAGAACCCUUAGGCCUGCAUCGCUAAGCGAUUAAGAUCGCCUUGACCAUGGCGGUCUAUGGGCUUGCCUGAUACUCCUACACUGAAAAGGGAAAGGCAGCUGUAUCUUCAAACUUUCUUUGGAUGCCUGUAGACUCUUUUACAUUACUAUGGAUGUGGCCAUGCUUAUUUCUGCAAUAAUAUUCCAUUCUCAGUAACCUAGCAACAUCGCAUACAGUCUAUGGUGUGCUUAUAAUAUACACUUAUACGGUGUACUUAUAAACUACCGGGACAAAAAAGGUAUAUAUAAUAAUAUUAUAUAUUUCUUUUUUCAUCAUAUUCAUGAAAUCAUGCAUGAGCCAUACUAUGACACCUUCAUGUACAGAGUCUGAGAUUUAUUUGGUCCAUCAUAUAUUUUUCUUUUCUUUAAAUGCCUUAAAAAGGGCAGUCAGGAAAUAAACACUAUGGGCGCAUGUAUAAGCACUAGAUCUUUCUUUUGUUCUCGUUUUACAUUGUGAAUGUUAUAUAAAUAUAUAUAUAUUAAAUAUACGGACUGACCUGAAGCAGUUCUCAAUAAAUAAAAAAUGCUGAUAAUAUUUUUAUUUGCAACAUGGCGCUACUCAUUUUAUGCAGAACUGUCCAGGCAUCACAGAGCUCGCAAUCUAAUAACUAUUGCAGGGGGCAGAAAUAGGGACUUUUGGAGCUGACGUGGGUAUCAAGACAAUUUUAAAUCCUCAGCUAUAUAAAUACAACACAGCACCCUUGACAGUACAAAUGUUCUUUAUGUUGUGAAUAAUAUUGCAAAUGAUGAUAAUCUGUGUUAUAAGAGAACACAGAUCAAAAUGGAUAAAGGAAAACAACGCCAUAUAUACACCCUAAUUUCUGCUUGUUAUACCCAAAAUAUUGAAGACUUUCACUCCUCCCAAAGAAAAUACAGCUUCAGGGUUGCUCACUAAAUCUUUCGUAUCAAAUAUAAAAAUUAUAGCAUGAAAAAACAGAAUUGUAGAGACCAGGUACACAACAUAUAUGAAUGGAAGGGGAGCUGGAACAGUUGUGCUGCCUCAGCGUUAGACCAGAACAAUUAACUGGGCCGGGCCCAAGAGUCUUUUGUGCUUCCAGUACUAUAGAAUCUAGUUGGGGAGAAAGCUGUAAAUGCAUCUCUGAGGCUGUAGGAAGAUGUAUCUUGAUCAGUACAGCCAAGUGCUCUAUAGUACAUAAACCUCUUUUUGCCUAAUUUGUUAUGUUGGCCUGUGUAUAUAUAUAUAUGAAUUUGCAAUACCAACAUGGGGCCUGAGCAGAGCAAAGAAAGAGGGACUGCAAAAGGCUAUUAGUGAGCUGAGAAGCAACAUCCCUGGCUCUGAUGAAUGAUUCUACCAACAGUAAUAAGUAACCCCCCUUUUCUUUAUCUUGCCUGUUACUUAUUACUGGACAUAGGCAUUCUGGAGGGAUGUUUGGAUACUCUUGCCCUGGUGUGGGGCACGGUAUUUAAAGCUUUCAGGAAAGCCAGUUCAAAGAUGUAUUUAAAGCAGGCCCGGACUGGCAACCUGCGAAUAUUGGCAAAUGCCAGAGGGGCUGCUGUACGAUGCCAUAGACAGUUACUAUUUUUUGGGCUACUGGGGGGCUGUUUGGGCCUCUGUGUGCUUGAAAUGCCAGGGCCUAUUUUAAAUGCCAAUCCAGACCUGAUGUAAAGGAAUCAGUUAAUUGUUUACAGCAUGUAUAUAUUGCAAUCACCCUGUGAAUAACCAGAUUUGUGCCUGUGCUUAGGUGGGCGGCUAAGUGGCGGUGGCAAAGGAAAAAGCGAGGGAUUUUUAUUUACUGUGGACUCUUAAUCCAGCUCUGAAUAAUAUGCAUGUUUUUAACCGCUUGACUGGCACUCUGCUACUGCUGCUUUCAAGCGCAACAAAUUUUUAUAAUGGUGUACAGCAUAUAUCUUGGAUUCUACACAGGACGCCGCGCGUGGUCCGUAUGUUUUCUAAUGCUGGUCAGUACCCUAGUGAAGCACAAACGCAUGUGCAACCACUGCCAUGGCGCACGUGACUCCGCAAUGUGCCCGCUUAAUUUCAAGGGUAUGAAGAAUGUCUCUUUAUAUUGUAUAAUCUACUAAUUAUGGACAUUAUCAUGUGUAAAUAGUAUAAGGUUUCUCUUGUGUCAAAAAAUGGGGGGGAACGGGCACUAUUAUGCAUCUAAAGUUUGAUAUACUCUUACAAACUGCUUAAAAAUAGCAUUAUUUCUUUAACCUGUAAAGGAAAAAUUUACUAUCGUUAUUGUGAACUACUGAAAAGAUGUCAGACUCCCUACACUCCUCCUGUGCAUCUACCCUUGUCCCCGGGGGGUACAUCCAGUCAUCUCAUUGUAGUUACCCCCCAAGAAGGCAACAUGGUGUAUGAAUGGGCAUAGCCUGUGGGAUAACUCCGCAUCUGGAACCCCAUGAAUUCCCCAACACUGGAAGUCUGAUCACUAGGGGGGACCUAAUUUAGAACAUAUGGGGAAUUUGAACUUUGGUUUAUGGUGUUGUUGAACUAAGCUCAGUUUGAAAGCUGAUGCAAGAUGAAAAGUUUAAAUAUAUAUUUUUCCAGUGGGCCGGGGAAGGAGAACACUUCACUUGUGUGACUGCGACGGAAUAGUUUGGCUUUCAGAACCCACAUCUGAUGUUGGUUGGUGGCCAUGCUGAGCUCUUCUAGGUCUUCUAGAUUUAUGGGCAUUACAAUUCAGCCAUCUUUAUCUUUUCCUGCUGCUUAUGUACUGCAUUAUGCCAUGAUAAUGUUAUAAUGAGUAUUGCCAAUAGCUAUGUGCACAUUCAGUGAUUGUAAUAUUUUACUCAUUACUGCUGUGUAUGGAUAAGGAUAGGCCUGGGCAUGUACACUAGCUUGUUCUAGUGAGGAGUACUCCAUACUAUCACAGUGUUGGGCAGUUGGAGGCAUGGGGUUUACAAGCCCUUUGUGGUCAGUGUGGGAGGCUUUGCCAGAAUUUGCUUUACGCCCGGCAAAGUUUAUUUUUUGCAUAGUGUUGCCCUGUAAACAGUUAAUACUCUCAUGGCUGUAUAUACAGGGCAAUAGCAUCUCAUCUUCCCCAGGGUUUUGCUGUGGGACCUGGUUAAUUGUAUUUAUCCUAUGGUCUUUAUAGGCUGCUCUUCCAAAAUAUUAGAUACAACUGUAAAAAAACAGGAAAACUAAAAGCUUGCUCUAUAUAGUAACGUUUUGAAUUAUUCAUUGCUGUUAGGGCCUGUAAUUAGCAUUUCCCACCUACUUCUCAAAAGUAGGACGCAAGGCGCGGUGCGUAUCUGGACUCCCACACACAGUGCUGUAUCAGGAAAACACAUCUCCCAGAUCCCUCCUAAUUAGUGGCUAGAUCUAGCGAGCUAGGACAGAUGGUACGUGCAACACGGCGCUUUAGUUUGGGUUUGUUAUGUUGUUUUCUUGGCUCUGUUGUUGGGUGCCGCCAUGCUAGUGCCAGUUGACAUAUGGCAGUCUUGCCCUGGGUUGCGUUGCUGCUGCUCAGUAUAACAGUAGAAUGAAAAUGAUCUAAGGUACUGGCUCUGUUCUACACAUGAACAGUCACGUUGGGACUUCCAAUUCCCAUUGGUUAUCCAAUGAACAUAGAAUGUUGGCAUCCUUAUUAAAGGCCUGGUAAAAUAAAAAAAAUCUUUAUUUUUUUUCAGUAUUGGACUGGGGAGACCAGGACCCACUGGGGGCCACCACCUCAGAGAAAACCAGUGUCCAUUGUGAACCCCUCCCACACCACCAUGUACCUACUAAUAAAGACUUGCUGCUGCAUAUUGGCCUCUCUGUCCCAGUCAGGCAGCAGACCCAUGACAGUGGGGCCCACCAUGUUUUGUCCCGUCAGUCCAGUCUGACCCUGCGUUUUUUUUUUAUGUUUUCCCUGAAAAAUAAUUGGCAAAAAAAUGCUACACUAAAAAGGAUCUGACAGGGUUAUGCAUCUGAAUGGGCUAUAGCUACUGGUUAAAUUAGUCAGAUGGAGUAAUGCUGGGCUCUUAUGUUAUACAGAUUUACCAAUAACCUGUGUGGUUGACUGUGCAUGUGUAGCCCUAUAAAAAGAAGUCAAGCUUCGAUAUUGAUUGUUUGCACCAAAGUUGAUUAACCCAAGGCAAAAACCGCUCUGGGACCAAGGGCUUGUUUGGAGCAUGUAUUGGGUCACAGACAAAUGCAGAAAAGGGAAUGGCCAAACUCCUAUGUCAAGGCUAAAUAAAACAAAUGAAUAGCUAUUCUAAGAAAAUUCCAAAAGAAUGUGCUGCUAAUAAUGAACUUUGUACCAACAGCACCACCUGCUGGUCAGUUUUCCAGCUGUGAUCCAGUUAGCAGAACUUGUCAGAAGAAAGGAAGAGAACUGCUCUGAUGUUGCUCUGUUUAGGAAAGACAUAUAGAAUGUUUGCUGAUCACUGAGCAGAACAAUAUCAGAACAGUUAUUUAUUUUCUACUUCUGCCAACUAGUUCACAGUUGGUGACCAGUAGGUGUUGGUAAAAAAAAACCAACAAUUAUAUUAGCAGUACAUUGCAAAACUGCUUGGGAUAGCUCCCUGAUACAUUUUACUUUUUUAAGGUUUACAUUUCCUUUAAUAAUGUCUGGAGGGCAAAAUGGACAUGCUGGGAGUUGCAUCAAAAGCCUGAGAGCUGUAGUUCAAACAUCCAACUACAUAAGUUUCAUCCACUCAGACAGGGGCUUUAACCUUCCUGCAAUUCUUGGGGCCCCUCUAUAGGAAAUGGUUAACAAAUGCAAAUUUACGGUCAAAUUGCCCAGAGCACAGUUCUAAGCACUUCCGCAAUUUGAAUGACUUUUUUUUUCUUCGUUUUCAAGAUAUUAGCAAUUUUAAACUGUUAAUGUAAUGAAGUUGAAACAACAGCGCCACCUGCUGGUCAUAUGGCUAAACUGUCUAUAGUCAGCAGGAAAACCAAUUCCCUGAGAAAAGAAACAUCUUGUGAUGUUGCCCUGCUUAGAACUUGACAGAAGAAAUGUCACAUGACUUUUUUUCUGCUAAUGUUACUUAAGCAGGGCAACAUCACAAGAAUUCAUUUUCAGCUGAGUGUAGCCAGUUAGCCCAAAUCACCAGCAGGUGGUGCUAUUGUUUAUUUGUUUUUGUUGGUUUUUUUUUUUUUUUUUUUUUUAAAUGGCCAGCAUGCUGAAAACUAGACAUUUUAAAGGAUAAGUAAAGCCCUCAAUACAAAUUCAUGUAACUCAGUUCAUGCACAUUUUUGUUGCCCGGGCUAAUCACUGACAUACAUACUUUCUUGAAAUCCCUAUACUCAUCCAUUCAUACAGAGAGAUGUAUUUUUAAACAAAAACCUGGUUUCCUUGAAUGUAUAUUUGAAGUUGUUUCUUUUGGCUCGAACUCUUUGUGACAAAGUAACCGGUAAGGUGGUUGGCAACUCAUGAAAGUGGUUUUCACAAACGUUUUUUUUUUUGUGAGAAAAAAAAAUAUAAAUAUGUUAAUACCAUUUUUUCAAUAAAAUGACAAGAAAAUGUGAUUGAUUAUAA